AUGCCUUAUAAAUAUGACUUAUAUGGAACAAGUUUGAAAAAUACUUCAGUAUCAAUUAGUAGUAAUAGAAACUUUUCAAGAAAGAAGCCUGAUGUGUUAAAUAUACAUGAGAAAUUAUUUGUUAUUAAGGAGGAAAAGUCUCAUACUCAAGGGGAUUCUUAUGAAAAUAAUCAAAGUGAGAAAGCCCUUGAUUGUAAUAAUGGUAUUAUUCAACACCUAAACAUCCAAACUUCAGAGAAGACGUUUAAAUAUAAUAAUGGUGGGAAAGCCUUAGAGAAAAAGACUGUGAUAAUCCCACAUAGGCAAAUUCAUACAGGAGAGAAACUCUGUGAAUAUAACGGACAUGAGGAAAGUUUCUGUGAGAAGUCCUCUCUUUUGAAAUGUCAUGGAAUCUACGUGGAAAUGAAGCAACAUGAAAGCAGUCAAAUUGAAAAUAAUUGCAGCAGAAUGUCACACCUCACUCAACUUCAGAAAAAUCAGAGAGGAGAGAGGCUAUUCAAAUGUAAUGAAUGUGGGAAAACAUUCAAUCACAAGUCAAACCUCACAGUGCAUCAGAGAACACAUACAGGGGAGAAGCGCUAUGAAUGUACUAAAUGUGGGAAGUCCUUCCAACAGAAGUCAAUGCACAUGGUCCAUCAGAGAGUUCACACAGGAGAGAAACCCUAUGAAUGUAAUUUAUGUGGGAAGACCUUCAGUCACAAAUCAGCCCUCACAGACCAUCAGAGAACACACACAGGAGAGAAACCCUACAAAUGCAGUGAAUGUGGGAAGUCCUUUUACUGAAAGUCAUCCCUCACUCAACAUGGGAGGACUCACACAGGGGAAAAACCCUAUGAAUGUAAUGAAUGUGGGAAAACUUUCUGCCAGAAGUCAGCUCUCAUUCAACAUCAGAGAACUCACACAGGAGAGAAACCCUUCCAGUGCAAUGAAUGUGGGAAAUCUUUUCAUAUGAAGUCAACUCUUACUAAACAUCAGAGAACUCACACGGGAAAACCCUAUGAAUGUAAUGCAUGUGGGAAGAAUUUCUGUCAGAAAUCUACCCUCACUAAUCAUUUGAGAACUCACUUGGGGGAGAAACCUUAUAAAUGUGGAGAAUGUGGGAAAACUUUCUGCCAGAAAUCAACCCUUACUAAUCAUCAGGGAAUUCACAUAGGGCAGAAGCCCCAUGUGGCACAAACUGGCUAUGUUUUUCCCAAUACUCAUUUCCUUUUUUGUGUGGGUACACAACUAGUUAAGAUUUUCUAGCUUUCCCUUGAUCCACAUGAGGUUACACGAUCAAGCUCUGUAUCAGAAUGUGGGCGUAAGUGAUGUACAUUAUUUCCAAGCCCGUGAAAGACCUCAUUUGGAAUCCUUCCUACUUCCCACUCUUUCCCUGUCAAAGAUCAUCCUCAGGACAGCUUGGGAGUGAGGCAUUAGAGAUUACAGAUUCACAAGUUGGAAGAAACCAGGGUCUCUGAAUGACUCCCUGAGCAGAGCCCUCCCUUCUCUACCAUGACCCUUAAGUCUUUUCAGGAACAAGAAAUAAACUUGCAUUGUGUUGAGCCAUCACGUGUUCAGGUCUAUUUGUUGUCAUAGCUUAUCUUAGCCAUCCUGUAUUUCAUAUAGCCUGUGAAUCUAAUGAUGGAGUGAGAAACACUGUAUGUCAGAGAAUUCAGUAAUAGAGAAACCCCUGUCAAUAUCCUGCAUUUUAAUAACCCUUCAUCAGCAAGUCAAACAUUUUGUAAAUCAGAUAUUUACCAUGAAAAACCCCAAGAUGAAAUGGCUGUAGGAAGAUUUUCACAAAUGCACAGAUUUUACUGAACAUCAGAUAAUUGAGAGUAGAAUAAAACCUUAUAAUCUCAAAACACAUUUCAAAAUUUGUAUAUCAGAGAAUAUGUGACAGAAGAAAAUUGUCAGCUUUAGAAAUGUCAGGGAGGCUUCCCUGGUGGUGCAGUG